CGUCAAGGUGAAAAGUGUUUCAGUCUUGAAUAAAGAUGGGAGGGGACUUGCCAUUUGUUAUUCCUUAUUUGUUUGCAAAAGAUAUCCCAUCGAAUCUGGAGGUUCCUCUGCAAAAGAUUCUUCGUUUCAGUGUGGUACUUCUCACUAACAUCAACAAGUUGAAAGAAUGAAACUAUGAUCUCCCAGUUUUUACUAAUUUAAAGCUUCUUUUUUAUUGAAAACUGUUUACCAAGUGAAGUUUUCUCAUAUCAAAUCAAAAUCAAAGCAAAUCGUAAGUUUCAAAGAAAAUUUAUAUUUUGCAUGCUAAUCUAAAGCUAAGAUGUGUGAAAAUGGAAGGAAAACGGGGUGGGUAAAAUUGUCAUUUUACUGACUACGAAGAAGAAAGAUAUUUCCUGUGCCAUGGGCGCACGUGCCAGAAUAUUUUGUGGCAACGGCCUUUUCCGUGGAGCUCACUCUUCUCGUUUCUUUUCUCUUCUUUUCCUCCUUACAAGAAACAAAGAUUGUUCCUUGCUUUCUCUUCUCUCUUUGUAAAUUGUAAUAUUAAAACACCCCCAGGACAACAAAAUUAACUACCAUAAACAAACUUCUUUGAAAGCUAAAGCGGAACCUUGGUUAUAGUUAAUGGCUCAAUUCACACCACAAGGACGUUUGAAGCUGCUCUUUCAUGGUGAUGGGAUGGAAUCGAAAGACCCUUUUCAUUACAAGCUUGUUAGCAAUGUUUUUGGUGGUUCUGGUGGGCUAAAAUCACUUCAAGUUCAUAACAGUACUACUAGGAGACUCUACUUUUCUUAUUCUUUGAAGAAAGGCAGUAAAUUUAAUGCAAAGGCAUGUCUGAAUGCGAGUAAUGAAGGAAUAUAUGAUGAAGCGGAUUAUGAUAGUGAGUUUGAGACCGAUGAUUUGGCUUGUUUUAGAGGUCUUGUUUUGGAUAGCUCUUACAGGCCAGUCAAUGUUGUCUGCUGGAGGCGUGCUAUAUGUUUGGAGUUCAUGGAGAAGGCUGAUGUUCUAGAAUAUUAUGAUCAGACUGUAAACUCCCCAAGUGGAUCCUUCUACAUACCAGCCGUGUUAAGGGUUCCCCAUCUACUGCAAGUUGUUAAGAGAAGAAGAAUCAGAAACAAUCUUAGCCGCAAAAAUGUUCUAUUUAGGGACAAUUUCACUUGUCAGUAUUGUGAAGCUGAUGAGAACUUGACCAUAGACCAUGUUCUGCCAGUUGCAAGAGGAGGGGAAUGGAAAUGGGAAAAUCUGGUCGCAGCUUGUGCCAAGUGCAAUUCAAUGAAAGGUCAAAAAACUCCAGACGAAGCAAAUAUGAAGCUGAUUAAGGUUCCCAAGGAAGUGGAUAUGAGCUUGGAAUGGUUGUCUAUAUUUGUAGAAGACUGUUUCUCCAGCAGUGGAAACUACAUCCCAGUUGGAGCAGCUGCAAAUGUUCAAAACAAAAGUACAACUGCAACAAAGCCUACAAAAUCAUUAGAGCAAAAACCCCAACAAACCCCACCUUCCUUGCAGAAAUUUUCAGUUCCAGGCAAGGCUAGAAGCAAAAGAAAGAGGGCAGCCACAACAUUAUCCAAAACCAAAAUGAACCCAUUUUCCAGCUGGUCAAACCACCUCAACUCACAUAACCCAAACCUCCAAUUGGCUUGCUCUGACCCUCCUUUGCUUCAACAAGCAUAUUGGUUAGCUGAGAGUGAACUCAUUGUGCCCAAAAAGGAAGAAGAUGACUGCAAAAAUAGUAGCAGUAACUUGAUGGGAAAUAGUGAGGUGGAACAGUCAAAGAAAGAGGAAAUGAAGAAAGAGAAGGUGGUGGUGAGUAAAGAGAGUUUAGGAAGUGAAGAGGGUAAUAGUGGGCAGCAGCCAAGGAGGUGCACUCAUUGCUUAGCACAGAGGACUCCACAGUGGAGAGCUGGACCAUUGGGUCCAAAGACUCUAUGCAAUGCAUGUGGGGUGAGGUACAAAUCAGGGAGGUUGCUGCCAGAGUAUAGGCCCGCAAAAAGCCCCACUUUUGUGAGCUAUUUGCACUCCAAUUCUCACAAGAAAGUAAUGGAGAUGAGGAUGGCUUUGUUGUCCUCAAUUCCUAGUGAGCAGUGAUGACUUUUUUCCUUUUUUUCAAACUCCCAUUCCCCAAUGUAAAUCAAAGCUUUGAUAGGGUAAAUUUGCAGAAAUUCUUCACUGGUAAUGUGGUAAUUCCCUCAUUUGUUGAGGCAUUUUAGUGGCAUGAUUGUAAUAUCUAUAUUAUUAACUUUUACAAAUUUUGCCUUAAUUUUUUGAACUUUCAAAAUUUUUCUUUCUCAAAAAGAAUCUGAAACUGUUUCCAUAUGAAGCCUUGGAGCAGCAUAUCCUUUCUCCCUGCUCAUUGCUUCCUUCAUGCUUCAGUUUGCCAUCAUUUGUCCUAUAUCGCAUCUAAAUAUUAAGACAUUGGCUUUUUAAUAGCACAUUAAAUCAAACCAGAAUCCUAAGAGAAGUAGUGGUGAAAGCUAAAAAAU